UAUGGGAAUAAUAUUUAUAAAGUAAAUAUAGUAAACUCCUGCUAAUACAUCCAUUUCCUGAACAGAUUACUGGGAGUGACAUGGAUAAAUAAUAUGGCAUUAAUAAAAUGCACACACAAUCACAAUCACAAUUGGGAAUAUACCAGACUAGCAAGAGUUUACUGUAAAGUUAUAUUGUAAUUAUUAAUGGAAUAUGAAGGAAAAGCUUCAAUAACAUUUUAAUUAUCUAUUUACAGAGCAAUGGCAGUUCUAGAUCCACUGCAAUUAAUAAUUACGAAUUUUCCUUAUGAUAAAAGUAUAGAUGUAGAGGUUCCAAAUUUUCCUAAUCAAAGUCAGAAAGGUUAUCAUAAAGUGCCUUUUUCAAAAAUUGUUUAUAUCGAAAGAAGUGAUUUCCGAGAGGUAGAAGAACGGGGUUACAGGCGAUUUAGUCCAAACCAGUAUGUUGGAUUAAAACAUGCCAACUAUGUUGUCUUUUUAUCUAAUGUUAUCAAGGACGGAAAUGGAAAUAUAAGUGCCUUAGAAGUUAUGUGUAAGCCAGCAACAGAAGUAGAAAAGCCAAAAGCCUUCAUUCACUGGGUGUCUGAACCAGCAAAGUGUGAAGUGAGGAUAUAUGACAGGCUAUUCAAACACAAAAAUCCAGAAGACACUGAAGUUGUUCCGGGUGGAUUCAUUUCGGAUUGUAAUCCAGACUCUCUAAAAAUAAUCAAGAAUGCUAUGGUUGACAUAUCUGUGAAAAGAGCCAAACCUUUUGAUAAGUUCCAGUUUGAACGUUUAGGUUAUUAUAGCAUAGACCCAGAUUCAACACAUGACAAUCUAAUAUUUAAUUGCACAGUUUCAUUAAAGGAAGAUUCUGGAAAGAUGUGAUUAUUUAAAUGUAUUUAAUUUGAUCAGAAAAUUCCACUGGAAUACUUUACAAAAUAAAAUUAUUUCUCUGAA